CUUCGGGAUCCGCUUGCAUAGGAGACAGACUAUGGCCUCGAGGAACAUGCUCGACGGUUGUUCGAUGCUGCUGGUCGGGCAUUUUCCCCUGGGUUAGCGUCACCAGCCAUUCCUGGCCCCUGCCACGCUGCCGCGAUGGCUGGUCGUUUAUAAUCGCCUGGCAUUCCAGUCCCUUCCAUCUGGCUUCUCCUCAUCCACAUCCUGUCCACCAUGUUUUUGCACGGCCUCCUUCUCUGGACCAGUCUCGUCUCCCUGUUGGCCCUGGGGAAUGCGGCCGUCCCAAUCUACAGGCGCUGCACCUCCUGCCGUUGCUUUCCCGGCGAGGCGUGUUGGCCAUCGCUGGCCGAAUGGGCCAGCUUCAACAAAUCCCUGGAUGGCCGGUUGAUCCCGACCGUUCCCCUGGGCAAGCCCUGCCAUGCGCCCUUCUACCGGGAGGACGAGUGUGACUACCUCCGGGAUCAAUGGACGGAGCCGGAGAUCCAUUAUGAAUCGUCCUCGUCCAUCAUGGCCCCCUGGUUCGCCAACGGGUCUUGUGACCCCUUCCACCCCAUCGCCCAGCCCUGUCUGAUGGGCAAUUACAUCGCCUACGCCGUCAAUGUGAGCCGGCCUACCCAUAUCUCCCAAGCCCUCGCAUUUGCGACCAAACACAAUCUCCGCGUUGUCGUCCGCAACACUGGCCACGAUUACAACGGCAAGUCCACCGGUGCCGGUGCCCUGGGCAUCUGGACCCACCACCUGAAGGACAUUGAUAUCCGGGACUACCAUGAUGCUCACUACACGGGCAAAGCCAUCAAGCUGGGGGCGGGGGUGCAGGGCAUGGAGGCCUACGAGGCGGCCGAUGCGCACGGCUUCCAGGUGGUUGGGGGCGAGUGUCCGACCGUGGGGAUCGCCGGGGGUUACAGCCAGGGCGGCGGGCACUCGGCCCUCGCGUCGCGAUAUGGCCUCGCGGCCGAUCAGGUCCUCGAAUGGGAGGUCAUCGACGGCAAGGGAAACUUCAUCACCGCGACGCGCGACAAUAAGUAUCGGGAUCUGUACUGGGCGCUGAGCGGUGGCGGCGGCGGCACCUACGGCGUUGUUUGGUCCAUGACCUCCAAGUUACACACGAGCACGCCCACCUCGGGGCUGAAUCUCACCUUCACCAACGCCAAUAUCUCCCAGGAUACCUUCUACGAGGCCGUCGCCCUCUACCACUCCAUCCUGCCCUCGAUCGUCGAUGUCGGCGCCAUGAGCAUCUGGUUUUUCACCAACACGAGCUUCUAUAUAUCUCCACUCACUGGGCCUGGGAUCCCCGUGCAGGAGCUGGAAGCACUGGUGCAGCCCUUCCGGGACGGGCUGGAGAAAAUGGGCAUCGCCUACACAUUCUACUCGGCGCAGUUCCCAACCUACCUGAGCGAAUUCGACGGCAUGAUGCCGGAUAUCCCAGUGGGUGAAGCGCAGUACGGCGGAUGGCUGAUUCCGCGGUCGGUGGUGCAGAACAACAACACGGCACUGACCCAGGCAUAUCGGCAAAUCACCGAGGACGGGGCGACGUUUAUCGGAGUGGGAUUGAACGUGUCGAAGGCGCUGGUCGGGGAUGUAUAUAACGCGGUGCUGCCGGCGUGGCGGGAUGCGCUGAUCGACACGACGCUCACGACGCCGUGGAAGUGGGAUGACCGACAGGCCAUGCUGGUGGAGCAGUACAAGAUGACCUAUGAGUAUCUGCCCUUGCUGGAGAGGUUGGCGCCGAACUCGGGAGCGUACAUGAACGAGGGCGACUUCCGACAACCCAACUUUCAGCGGGCUUUUUACGGGGUGAAUUACCCGCGAUUACGCCAGAUCAAGGCGAAAUACGAUCCCAAUGACAUAUUCUAUGCGCAGACGGCGGUGGGAUCGGACGAGUGGACGGUGUUUGCGGAUGGGCGAUUGUGUCGGGUAUGAGAGACAUGUAAGUAGAGUGAGUGGUUCUGUAAUUAGCUUCGUCACCUAGAUAGAAUUAUUUUAUUUACUAUGU